UCACUCGCCUUGUCAUCGAGAUUUUUUUUUACAUUUACAAGGCGCGGCAGUACAAUAAUUUUUCCGCAAUUUUAUGACAGUUAAUUAUAAAUAAUAAGUAGAUAAAUAUUUGAAAAAUUUUAACUAAUUAGCAAUAAAUUUAUUUAGUCUAGUGUCUUAUUAAUUGAGUAUUAAAAUGCUGGGUCAUCCACCUGCGUGUGUAAUUGAUGUUGGAACCGGAUAUACAAAAUUAGGUUUUGCCGGAAAUAGAGAUCCCCAGCUGACAUUCCCUUCAGCCAUUGCUAUCAAAGAAACUGCUAAAGUUGGUGAUAACUCUGCCAGACGAGUUACUAAAGGUGUUGAAGAUUUAGAUUUUUAUAUUGGAUAUGAAGCAUUUAAUUCACCUGGAUAUUCAAUCAAGUAUCCAGUAAGACAUGGACUGGUUGAAGACUGGGAUUUAAUGGAACGUUUUCUCCAGCAAUGUAUUUUUAAAUAUUUAAGAGCAGAGCCCGAGGAUCAUUAUUUUUUAUUAACAGAACCUCCAUUAAAUACACCAGAGAAUCGUGAAUAUAUGGCCGAAAUAAUGUUUGAAUCAUUUAAUGUUCCUGGUUUAUAUAUCGCGGUGCAAGCAGUACUGGCAUUGGCAGCAUCCUGGACAGCCAAGUCCGUCGAAGAUCGUUCGCUGACUGGAAUAGUAGUCGACAGUGGUGACGGAGUGACGCACGUGAUACCCGUAGCCUCUGGAUUCGUCAUUGGAAGCUGUAUCAAACACAUUCCUAUCGCCGGGCGUGACAUCACGUAUUUUAUUCAGAGUUUGCUAAGAGAACGUGAAGUCGGCAUACCACCGGAACAGUCUUUAGAAACGGCCAAAGCUAUCAAGGAAAAAUACUGUUAUAUUUGUCCAGACAUUGCUAAAGAGUUUGCUAAGUAUGACAGUGAUCCAAGUAAAUUUAAACAGCACACUGGAGUCAAUAGCAUAACACAGCAGUCUUUCAAUGUUGAUGUUGGUUACGAAAGAUUUUUGGGACCGGAAAUAUUCUUUCAUCCUGAAUUUGCAAAUCCUGAUUUCACGACACCUCUAGGUGAAAUUGUUGAUGAUGUUAUUCAGAAUUGUCCUAUUGAUGUUCGAAGACCGCUGUACAAAAAUAUUGUUCUGUCUGGAGGCUCGACAAUGUUCAAAGAUUUUGGCAGAAGACUGCAGAGAGAUGUUAAAAAAAUGGUUGAUGCUCGUUUGAAACUCAGUGAAAAACUCAGCGGUGGUCACAUUACGCCGACAGCGAUUGAUGUCCGUGUGAUAACUCAUCAUAAGCAACGAUGCGCUGUUUGGUUUGGAGGUGCUUUGUUGGCAAGUGGUCCUGAAUUUUACCAAGUUUGCCAUACAAAAAAAGAUUACCAAGAGUAUGGACCCGGAAUUUGUCGUUACAAUCCAGUGUUCCGCAGUGUUGUUUAAUAUAUUGAACUUGUAAUUAUAAUUAAUAAAUAUUAUUAACAAAAUAUAUAUAUUUUUUAUUAUAUAUAUUUUUUUCUAUUCAUCUAUUUUUGUUGUAUUACUGGCAGUACGAAAUAUUUAAAUUUAUUAAAUUUUCCAUUUUUUUAAGCUAAAUAAAUAUUUUUUAAGGAA